GGAGAGGAUGCAAGGCUUCUUCAAUUUAGAUCGAGGGGAUUCUCAACUAAAGGAAGGGAAAGCUACAUCGACGAUUGUGGUGGUCGUUGAGGAUUUGAUGGUGCUGGAUUCUACGCCCGUGGCUGAUCUGGGAAACAUGUCAAGCCAGGACUACCCCACGACUCAGGCUGGGAUGAAUCAAGAUGAUGAGGCUGCUGCGUUCGGGGGUAGCAGUGGUCGGGACGGGCUGCAGAUGGUGGCGCCUCCCUCACAGGGCGUGGUGAGCAACGAGUUGAUGGCUUCCACUGACUCGUCUUUGCUGACGAAACAAAAGGGCGCCGUGGGAGGGCCGAGCGGCCUGAUUCUGGAUUCGCCAAAGGCCUCCAGUGGAUUCGCUGCCACGACUACAUCGCCCCCUACCCUUUGUAGGAACAGCAAGACCAAGCUGCGCUCUUCGACAAUGUUCAAAGACAAGCCGAUCGUCAUCGACAUGGAGGCGGCUUUGCGGGCGGUGGCGGACAAGCUGGUGGUGGGUCAGGUACUCUCACCAUACCUGGCUGACCCCCGGGCCGUCGUCAACGAGGUGAAAGGGGCAUGGAGGCUCCGCGGCGAGGCGGUGGCCUAGCGAGUCAAAAGUGAAGAUGGGUGCUUCAUCGUCACCUUUUCGGAGGAGGGUGACCGGCGUCAUGUGCUGCAAGCUAGACCAUGGCACUACAGGAAUGAUGCAGUCCUACUCGCGACGUUUGAUGGAAGCGGUGACCCUAUGGAUGUUCCCCUUGAUUCUUUCAGAAUUUGGGUGCAAAUCCAUCAGUUACCGGUUCCUAUCAAGACCGUGGAAAUGGGAUGGACCCUUGGCGAGAAGCUCGGCACCGUCAUUAUGGUGUCACACAAGAACAAGAAGAUCGUCGACGAGUACAUUCACAUCCGCAUCAAGCAUCAGGUGGACGAGCCAGUGAGGAAAUUCAUCGACACAACCGACGUUGGGGCACUAACAAGAUAUACUUUCCUGUGUUGUGGUGUUGUGGGGCACACUACAGCCAAGUUCUGUGGUGCCCCUACUGAGCUUCGAAAGAAGAACUUCUCCAUCGACCUCAAGGCUUCUGCGCUUUCGAAGAACCUACGCACUUCGGGGGCUUCGAACGGGCGUCUCCUCGAGUAUGGAGGCCUAUCGGUGGCCCCUAGAGAUGUGGAGGUGGCGGGCAGGUCCAAGCUACCGGAGAAGGUGAUCAAGGCGGUGACCACGGCUGUCCAGAAGCUCACGGUGGAGGCGAUGCCUUUCUUUCCCAUUUCUGCUGGUGCGCAGAAUUGUGGGGAGGAGACGAUGGGGGCUGAAGGUUCCUAGGAUGAGGACCCCUCUCAAUGAUGCUGAGAUGGUCAUCGCGUCUGGUCGGGUGGACGGCCGUAUCAGGAUGUUGUAGGUGUCAAAGGGGGUGCUCCCUCCAUCAUCUUGAGUGCUCCUGUGACCCCUGCUGUUGUUGAUGCUGCUUUUGGGGAGUGACCCAAAGGAGCUGUGGAUGGUGCCCCCUCAGCCCGCCAGGGUAACAUGGUGGACGUACAGGGCACUAUGGGCUCCAUCAACAUGUACGCCCAUGCUGAAGGGGAGGUUGCUGACACAGGCAAGGGAACUGAUUCUAUUCGAGGCCGAUGGAAGAGACUUUGUAGAGAGGAGCAGGUGGAGCGGGUUGUUGUCCAAGGCGUGUGUGCCAAGCAUGUGAAGUUUGGGGUCCCAACGCCGCCAAAUAGCGGCAAUGACAUGUCUAGCCACAAGGGUGCCUUUACAGCCAUCCUGGAGAGCAUAGCAGGUAGUAAGAGGUGUCAUCCCGAUGAUCAAAAUUUAGUGCUUAGCAUGGAUAGCACUGGUUCAGAGAGUUUAGAGUAUAAGAGUGCAAAUGGUUUAAGUGUUUCUUGUAAAAGAGUCUGUACUGAGAGGGUUGAGGCUGUAGUAGGGCUACAUGGAUCAAUUGUUCAUGUAACACAGGAGAGAGAGGGGAGAGAGGAGGAUGCUCAUGAUAGAAGGUGGGAAUCAGUGGGAGAGGACAAAGAGGAUGGGGAGGAAAAAAGGAAGCUACCGGCCUUGGGGCUACCGGUGACCUGAUGGGCGUGGAUGACGCCCGUCAGGAGCCAUGAAAAUAUUGAGGUGGAACUAUCAAGGCUUGGGUCAACCUCGUACAGUUCAAGAGUUGGUGUGCCUCUCAAAGAUUCGCAUACCCAAUAUUAUCUUUUUAUCUGAAA